AUGAAUCGUGUGCUUUUUUUUCUUCUCUUUGUGCUGAGCGUUGCUUCUGUGGGUGCCGUGGCUGGUGUGGAGCCAUCAGAACGGGCUGAUCCCAGAGAACGUGGUCCUGAAGAGCCUGCUGCUCUUGGUGAAGGUCCUGGUAGAGUUCUCGGUGCUGCGGGUCAGGCUCUUGCUCGUGGUGCUGCGGAGGCAAAGCCAGGAUUGGAAGCCCCAAAAGGCCAUGAUAAUGAUCAUGUCGUAAGUGUACCUGGUGGUGGCGGUAGUAUUCUUCAAAAGGAGCAGAAAGGGCAAAACGUGGAUUUGCAGGGCCACAAGGUGGAGGAGGAGCAAGAAAUGAACGUGAAAAAAGGGACUACUAGACGUCAAGAAGUAAAAGUGGUGGCAGGCAGUGAUCAUGAAGAAGCACAAAGACCGGGUAAUCACGCACAACUGUCUGAUUCUGAACUCACUUCACCCCCGACUGUAACUUCAGAAGAUGUCCCACCUGCACCACGUCCUGUAGAUCAGGCAAGUGGUGGUGGCCAAGCCCAGGAUAACAGUGACCAGAGAGUUACUGUUCAAGAAGAUGGAACAGAAAACAACAAUGGUGGACAGAAUGAGGGAAAUCAAGAUAAAUCACAAUCCCCUUCUUCUAAUCAGCCCAGUACCGGUGAUUCUGAGACUCAGGGUAACCAUUCUCCACAGGAACAGAAGCCCACCACACAGGACUCUCACCCACACGGCGGUACGGGUGAUGCCACUAACACAGAAACCAUAAACUCUAACUCUCCCAAUGCAUCCAGUAAUAAUGAGGACUCAACCACCACCACCACUACAACAACAACAACAACACUUCCUCCUGAACUCACAAACAACAAGAAGGGUGAUGCAGACAGCAGCAGCAGUAUCAGCAGUUCUGUGUGGGUGCGUGUACCACUACUGAUUGUGGUUACACUGGCC